AUGGCCGGGAGCGGAGUGAGCUACGCGUAUGAGAGUUCCGCGCAGCGAAACUCCGAUGACGGUUCCGCGAACGGUUGGGAUAAAAAUAUAAAAAAAAAACGCGCAUAUUAUGUAUUUAUUGCGCUCUACAAUCUACAAGUUAGGGCGAGCGGUCGAACAAGAUCGCUGAGUGGACCGACGACCGCCUGAAAGUAGUAUAAAAUCUACAGAACCGUACCAUACAAGCCUUACUGCUAUCAGUAGCACAGUGGUUGGGGUUUUGGUUUGUGGUUUCAAUCGUUCGCGAUCGAUCGUGGUGUGUGGACGACCGGCAACGAUACGGAAAAAUUAACGCUGUACAAUUAAUAAAACGAAAUGUUCAUUGAUUGGAAUUAUUAAACAUUAGUUUCAACGGUGCUUUAAUUCUAUCUAUUAUCAUUACCCGGUGCGCAAAUUAUACAAUAAAAAGUAAUACUUACAGUACAUUUGCAAGUAAUAAUUGUUUUUCACAUGAAAAUUGUUCCCUUAAUUAAAAAUGAGUGAAGUUUCGCAAAGAGCAGUCCUGUUGCAUCUGCCGCAGACAAAAAAUAUUGACAUCGAGUUUGAAAACAUUACAUACUCGGUGCGAAAUGGGAAAAAGGGAAAGAAACACAUACUUAAAGGAGUUUCCGGAAAAUUUAAAUCUGGAGAACUAACCGCUAUAAUGGGACCUUCUGGGGCUGGAAAGACUACUCUACUUAAUUUUCUAACAGGAUUUCAGACUGGCAUGGGGGGUACAAUAAAGAGCAACGGAACACUGCAAAGUAAAAAAGGCGCUGACCAGUAUAGAAAAGAAUCCUGCUAUAUCCUACAAGAUGAUCAAUUACAACCCUAUUUUACGGUCACGGAAGCAAUGAAUAUUGCUGCUGAUUUAAAAGUUGGCUAUAGCAUUUCCGAAAAAGCAAAAGCGUUAUUGAUAGAUGACAUUUUGGAUACAAUCGGCCUUUCUGUAUGUAAAGAAACCAAAUGUGGACGGUUGUCUGGAGGCCAGAAGAAGAGACUAUCAAUAGCUUUAGAACUUAUAGACAAUCCACCCAUUAUGUUCCUAGAUGAACCCACCACUGGUUUAGAUAGUUCGUCGUCCCUCCAGUGCAUAAGCAUGUUAAAAGCCUUAGCCAGGGGUGGGAGAACAAUAAUUUGCACAAUCCAUCAACCAUGUGCCACAAUUUAUGAAAUGUUUGACCAAGUUUACGUCAUGUCUGCCGGAAGUUGUAUUUACCAGGGGGCCAGUACGAACACCGUGGCCUAUUUGGCUGCUAAUGGUCUUAAUUGCCCCCAAUAUCAUAAUCCCGCCGAUUUUUUGUUAGAAGUGGCCAAUGGAGAGUAUGGAGAUUUUACUCAAGAGCUGGCCAAGACUGCAAAGGAAAGCAAAUGGAGGACGUCCUCAACCCCACCAAAAAAGAUACUGGAAGAAUGGAAAAACGCCAAUCGCGAUCUGUACAUACAAGGCAACAAUAACAACAACAACACCGAUCAAGACAUCAAUAAAACAAUGAUCUUAAUUUAUCCUCCUUCUGAAAUAUUACGAUAUUGGAUAUUGUUAAAUAGAUUCCUCAUACAAAUGUACAGAGACUGGACAGAACUGUAUCUCAGGGUGGCUCUCCAUGCCUUCGUUGGUGCCCUAUUAGGAUUAUUUUACUUCAGGUGUGGCAAUGAUGCCUCAAGAACCAUUAGCAAUUUUGGCUACUUAACUGUUGUAGUUACAUACUUUUGUUACACAGCGAUAAUGCCCGCAGUACUUAAAUUUCCUUCAGAACUACCAGUAUUAAGAAAAGAACGCUUUAACAAUUGGUAUAAACUUAAGACCUUCUAUGCCGCCUUUUUCACCGUUGAUAUUCCACAGCAAUUUCUGUUUGCAACUGUAUCCGUUGGUAUAUCCUAUUUUAUGAGCGAACAGCCUAUGGAACUGUCAAGGUUUGCCAUGUUUUUGGGAAUGUGCGUAUUAGUUAAUAUAACAGCUGGUAGUUUUGGAUUAUUCUUUGGAACCGUGGUCAACCCUGUGAAUGGAACGUUUUUGGGUGCAAUUCUAACGGCGUUCAUGCUUGUUAUGGGCGGUUUCUUGGUGUUCCUGACCCACAUGUCGAAUGUCUUUUAUGUAGCAUCUUACUUGUCUUAUAUUCGGUAUGGGUUACAAGGGUUGGUACAGUCGAUAUACGGAAGAGGGCGAGGGCCGAUACCUUGUCCCGAAGAUGUAGAAUAUUGCCAUUAUCGGGUACCAGAUGUAUUUCUAAAGGAAAUUGGAAUGGCGGACGACACCUAUUGGACAAGUAUAGGGGCUUUAUGUGUAAAUAUAAUCGUUUUGAGGAUAGUCGCGUAUUGUACAUUGAAACGGAAACUCUCGUCACCUUGAUUAGGCUAUUUUAAUGUAUUAGGUGAUGAGUAAAACAAUCAAGAAUGGUCAAAAUGGUACCGGGUUUAAUCUAACGUUUUAAAAACCGAACUGCUGGCAGUCAGGUUUUAAAGCAAUCAAUAUUAAACAACUGUUUGAUAUUAUAUGGGGUGCCUACAGUUUUCAUAGUGUUUCCACACACAAUUUACAACAGUUCCGUUUUUUCUAAACCAUCGUACCAUGGAUCUAUACAUCUUGUUCAGUACAAAAUGACUUAAGUAGGUUACUAAUUAUUAGAUUAAACCUAAUUACUUCUUAACUAAGAGUAACGUCUAUAAUAUUUAGCACCUAAUUCUUCUUUGUGAUUUGUAAAUAAUUUAUAUUAGGAUUGAUUAUUAUUAAUUAUUAUUAUUGUUACUAAGUGCAAUGUGGAAAUCAUAAGGAGGCAGUUUCCUGAAAUUACCCAUUCUUCUUUUAUGUCGAUUAGAGAUUGUAGACAAUACUAGAACUGUGUUACUAGAUGUAAUUAUAAUCUGGGUUUCUGUCUAAUAAGUGUCAGGAAAUGUAAUUCUUACACAUUUAUGAACAGUGAUAACUACGUUUAAGAUUCUUUCUGUACAAUUACUUAUUUUGGUAAGUCAUUAUUAUUAUUGUUAUUAUACCCUUUAGGAUGUAUUUAUUUAAAUGUUGAUAAAAUAUCGGCACAUUGCACAACGAUUUUUUGUAUUAUUAUUUAUAAUAAAAUUCGUAACAAAUCUU